CUUCUUCUCCUUCUCGACUCUUCCUCCCGACAGCCCCCUCCAAGCCCCUCUAGCCACCAACUCAAUUCUUUGAGAAAAUUGGUGACCAAACUUGGGAUUUUCUCCUUCUUUUCUUGAUAAGUAACGAGAUUUGGGGCUUAGAAUCUUCCCUCUCAACCCAGAAAUCCCGGAUCUGCUCUGCUUCUUCCUCCCUUGUCCGUCUGGUUCUACUGGGUUUGAAUCCUUCGGCUUUUUCUGGUAAGAAGUAGCCUUGAAUUCAUCCUUUCUCUCUCUUCAUUUGGCUUGGGUUACUCUAAUUUUGUUAUUGGUUCUUGAAUUUCUGGAGUUUGCCGUGAGUUUCCCCCCUGGAUCCCGUCGGCUUCCUCACCAGCCAAGCUCAGGUUCUGCUGGCUGGAAUUCUGGAAACGAAACUGAGGACGGGGAAACCAAGGGGAGUGACGAGUUAGAAGGCUAGCCACUUGUAAUUGAUUUGAGUUAUUGGAUGGUCAGAUGUGAUUUGGAUAAGUUCCGAGCCUUGUGCAUUUGUGGGACCCUCUCACGAGUGCACGGCGUUUGUCGCGCCUCGGAUUCGGGUUCUGGGGCGUGACAGUUAAUAUUAGGGUUUUAUUAGAACUAAAAUUGGAUUAAAACUAUCAACUGUCAAACAAAAGGAAACUGCCUCAGAUAUGGAGCACCCAUUAUCCAUAUAUGGUGGGAGAGGGCCAAUAAUCACGAAGAAAGGAUGCUAGCAUUGAAGAAAAGGAAAACAGAAGGAAAACCAACACACACACAGAUGGCCUACCCCUGUAGAAAAAUUGGCCACCGUGUAUGCAUUUUGAAUUUUUAGACUUUUUCUUCCAAAUUUCAGCGUAAUUUCCAUAUUAGAAUGCAAGAUCCAUUUUUGUUCAUAGCUUUAGUUUAGGUUUUUCCAUCCUUGUUUGUAUUUUCCUUCAAAGAUUGCAACUUUUGUUAAUUUUUAUGGACUUGGAAGCAAUUUAGCCUUGUAAAUGGGUCUACCUCAUUGAUUCUGAAUCUUUUUAUUCUCCAUAGUCCUCUUCUUUGGAUGUAUUAGCAUUAACCUCAACUUUUGUAACGCCUUCUGAAUGUAGUUGAAGUGAUUGGUUUGCACUUACAUUUCUAGCCAAUGAAGAGCCUUGCAUUAU